GACAUUUGGAACUUCUCCCGCUUCAAGGAUCUUCUAUAUCCCAAACGUCACGUGUAAAUUUCACGAACCUUGAUCAAAUCGCCCCAGGCGCCCUGUUUUCACCGUCGUCCGUAAUGUGCUAGCUUUGGCAUGGGAUAGAGUUUCAUAAAAUAAAUAUUUAGUAUCAAGGGUGGGGCUGGAAUAUCCAGAAUUUGUCGAGCAUAAAAAGUAGUAGCUGCUGAAAAGAUAGUUUGCUUCUCUUAUCCGUGAUCAUGGCUUCAAUGAAUGGUCCAACUGUAAUGGGGACAGAUGGAAGGGAUUUUCUUCACAGGGAACGUGUAGCAUCGCAGUACAAAGUCAGUGCCCAGACUAAAACAAGGCUGAAAUGCUGCCUGUUCUUUCAUCUCCUCCUGGCCAUUGUAAUGCUGCUGAAGCUUCUGCCAGACAUCCUGGACAAGCUGAACAUAUUUAUUUUAGAAGUUGAAGAACUAGAAAUGCCCCAGCCUGUGAAAUGGGAGUACCUCUGGACAUUUAGUAUCCUAUACUCAAUAUUCGCCCUCUCAGCAUGCAGGAAGAAUAGCUCUUUCCUUCUACAAGUCUACAUUGGCGGUGUGGUGGCGCUGGGCCUUGCUCCGGUGGUUUUCGCUUUCUUCUUCUACCUGCCCGAGGCCUACGAGUUUGUAUCGACCGGCUCUGCAGAGGGCCAGCGUGUCUGGCAGGGUUUCCCGUACUCGAUGGUGAACAUGGCCUUCCUGCUGGUGGCCCUGCAGGUGCACAUAUUCUCCCUGUUCUUCUCCAGCCGACUGCUGACAGCCUGGAAGGUGCGCGGAACCAAGAAGGCCCAGUAGAGUGGCGCAGCGGCGACCGGGUGGACGGAAAGACAGACGGUUGACUGGGGAGGAGGGAUAUGUGCGGGCAAUGCAGCCAGAGCGGUCGAUAAAGCGUUACGAUGGGUAUGGGCGAAUAGCGGUCGGUGUUGGUAAGGCCAGGAAGGACAGAUGAAGACGCAAAAUGUGAUACCAGAGGCAGAAUAUUUGUCAUACUAUCGACAGAUUUGUUAUGCGGGAGAUUAUGGGGCUUUGGUCAGUCUUCCUGUGUGAUGUGUGGGAUCCCGAGAGGUUUUCUACUAACAUGUGCUGCCAUUCCCGUGGGUGGUAUCGAGACCCGUUUUUUCCCGCCGCUUGUCCAUGUGCCAUGGGCUUUAAAAUGCACCCAAGAAGUAAUUUAACAGCUGCUGUUUUCUCAUGCAACCAUCGUUCGGUACAGCCCAUGCGUCCUCCGACCUGUACGAUGACAAGUUCAGCAUCGAACCAGAAUUGAAUGAAAACAUUUGCUGUUGGCUUUAUUGGACUUCAGACUCCCUGUGUGCAAAUACAAAACAGCCAUGUGA